GUCCGAGAAAAGAUGGUGUGAGAUGUUCAAACCUCAUCUCUUACAUCACACUCACUCCAUCUGCCCAUCUAAACAGAAAAUGAUUAGGAAAAAAUAGCUGAUUUUAAAAUCGUGUAUUUGAAUGAGUUCACUGGUUUGUUUUACCGAAUUACGCUUUUGAAGUAGCCUACAAAUCAAAUUUAUAUAUAUUUUUAAACUUUUCAAAUGACAUUAUGGACCUACUCUACUCGCCGAUUCGACAAAUAGUCUCCUGUUACUUGGGAUAAACUACCUGGAGGACAAGCGUUACACCUUUGGGAAGUGGAAUCGAGGCCCUUCACAAGCAGUGGAUAAGAAUGAACCCCGUGAAUAUGAACAGUUUGAACGUGUCCUUCUCUGGAAACCAGCACGCGAAUCAGUACGCCGUGUAUGAGUCUCCGCUGUACAAGGACUACAGACCUCCAGCCAGAGAUCUCAUCCAGCUGCCCAGAGCCUUGCUCUACCUGCUGAUGGCCGCCGUGGUGGUGGUCGCCGUCGCUUAUGCCAUUGUGGGACAUUUAAUUAAAGACCUCGCGCAUGACAUCUUGGACUGGGCUUUGGGUCCAGACGAGGAGAUCUUAAAGGCCAACAGUGAGGCAGGUGAUGAUGGUUCCACGCACAUGCCAGCAGUCCUCACACACUCCCACCCCAACGCCUUUCAUGUUUGGGAUCAGGACGAUGUGGUCAUCCCCCUCUCUCCGGCGGACAGCCCUCAAACCAGCCCCCUUUUGGCUGCCAUCCCUUUUAUUCCUCACUUCUUCCCCUCUCCUGCUUCUCACAGUGUGCUGAAUAGCCCCGCACUGCCUCAAAUACAUCCGGAGGAUAACAAGAGCCCAACCAAGACACCACAAGAUACCUACGUCUUCCCUUCACCCAAAAUUAAAGGACAUAGUUCCACUUUCUCACACAUGUCAUUCCAUGAGAGGAGAGAUGGGACUGAUAAAGUCUGAAACAACGAACAAUGGCUCACACUAGAGUGUGGACUUCUUAAAGGAAAAGUUCACCAUAAAAUGAACAUUUGCCGAAAAAGAGAUUUACUCUCAGGACAUACAAGAUGUAAAUACGUUUGUUUCUUCAUCAGAAUAGUUUUGGAGAAAUGUUGUAUUAUAUCACUUGCUCACCAGUGGAUCCUCUGCAGUGAAUGGGUGCCGUCAGAAUGAGAGUCCAAUCAGCUGAUAAAAACGUCACAAAAAUCUACACCAAACGAAGUGGAAAAUGCAUGUUUGCAAUAAGCAAAUCCAUUAUUAAGAUACUUUUAUAAUGAAUUAAUUCAUUUUCUUUAAUAAUUAAUUUUCUCUUGUAAAAAUGUUGUCUCGUCUGAAUGAGGAGUGAAAUAUGAACAUAUCAAGAACUGUUCACAAGCGAAAACACUAAAAACUCCAAGAGUACUAAACAAAUAUGUUGGUGGAUUUUAAUGCGAGAGGUCAAGAGAAUGGACUUUUUCCAAUGUUUAUUUAUUAUGGACUUCAUAAUUAUGGAAUUUUUACGGCCAGAAGUGACGAUUAAAAGUUAACAUUCCUUCAUGGAUAUGUUUCUUACAAACACGCAGUUUUCACUUCACAAUAUGUUAAUUGUUGGGCUGGAAUCAUACUGUGGAUUAUUGUGAUGGUUUUAUGUAUUUGAUGUAUUUAUUGUGAUCUCAUUCUGAUGGCACCCAUUCCCUGCAGAGCAUCCAUUGGUGAGCAAGUGAUGGAAUGCUAAAUUUAUCCAAACCCUGUUCAGACAAUGAAACAAACUUGUAUUCAUCUUGGAUGGCUUGAGGUUGAAAACAUUUUCAUUUUUGGGUGAACUAUUUCUUUACGUUUAAAUCCCUCCCUUUAAAUAGAUCAAAUUAACUAAGAAACUUUAGGCUUCUUUGAUCAAUGCCCAGUGCCGGUGUUGUCUGUAUUUACCACAGUACUCUAAACUUUUCUAUUUGACAGCAAAAGCUGGGCCUCAACCUGUGGACCAUACGAGGAUGAGUGGCCUGUCCUUAAAAUAAGUGCUGCUGACCCUAAAUGACCUCAAUAAGCAGAGAGCCAUGUCAGUCCAAGCCGCAUUACUUUGGCGUAUUACAAAGUGAGAGACUGCACAAUCACGUCUGCAGGAUUGUGCCAAUUCAGGAGCAGCCUUCCUCCUGAAGCCAAAAUAAUCCUCAGAAAAGAUCAACGCAGGAUAAGCAGCAUAUAUAUAUAUACACACACAUCAAAUGUUUUCCUUUUCUCUUUAUUUUCUUUUUUCUUUUUGACGUUUAUGGUGUUGCACAGAAUUAAUACUGAACUUGUGGCUAAUUUUGUAAGGAAGUUUAACUGGAUUGGAUUUAGAAUCCACAGUUAUUGUGAAGGUUUAUUAACCAGUGGCUCUAUUAAAAAAAAAAAGUAAAAAUUGCAUUUAUUGUAUGUGUGUUCAGGCUCCAAAAGUAACACUUUUAAACACCAAAUAAGUAAAAAUGGGUUAGACAUUUUAAUAUAUUAAUAUUUUAAAAAUAUCUUUAAUAAAAUGAAACAAAUGGCUUCAUGGUCAGUAAUUUAUUUUAUAUAUUGAAUUCAUUUCAGUCUUAAAAAUAAAGGUUCUUUAUUGGCUUCCAUGGUUCAAUGGAAACUUUCCAUUGCACAAAAGGUUGUUUAGAGUGGAAAAUAGGUUAUUUAAAUUUAAUGUUCUUCACAUUAAAAUUAAAACUGUUUUUUUUUUUUUUUUUAGAAUUGCAAAAUGUAAAUUUUGGACCCUGGGCGUGUGUGUGUCUUUGUUUACACACUGUCUUUCUUCUGUUUCAGUUGUGUUAAAGGUGUGCUGAAUGUGAUGUUAAGUAUUGCACCAUUACAGGAUCAGCUUAAAUGACUAGCUUGUUAAGAGCAAGAAUUAAAGAGUUUAGUAAGGAUGUUAUCAGAUUAGACUCCUCUUUUUGCCCUGUGAGUUAAACCUGAGAGAAAACCAGUGACAGAUAUGGCAAUGACAUCCACUUAUAUUUUAUCUAUCUAGUGUUGGACCUUUUAACAUUUUGUUGUCUAUGAUAUGGAUAUUUUUCCUCUUGAAGUAUUAAAGUUAUUUUAUACAUA